AUGUCUUUUUUGGGUAUUGACUCUCAAUUAAGAACUAAUGAAUCUUUUCGCUCAAAAAGUGAUGAUUCUUAUCACAAAUGUUCUUGUCCAUUUGAAGUAUUUCCUAUCGAUAUGACUUCAGUUUUUGUAUUAGAUUAUAUGCAUAAUGUUUGCCAAGGAGUAAUGAAAAGAUUAUUAUAUUUUUGGAAAAGUGGCCAAAAACCUGUACAAUUUUUGAAUACUGAUCUUGAACAUCAAAUUUCAACUGAACAAGUAAAUUUUCAACCACAUUUUCCAUCUGAGUUCAGUAGAUUGCCCAGAUCAUUAGAUGAACUAGAAUUUUGGAAGGCAACUGAAUACCGUACUUUUUUGUUAUAUACUGGUCCAAUUUUAUUAAAAUGUAGAUUAAAAUCAUCCCUGUAUAACCAUUUUUUACUUUUACAUUGUGCUAUUAAAAUACUAAUAUCUGUUGAAACUUGUUUAAUCUAUAAUGACUUGGCAAAUAAUUUAUUAAGAAAAUUUGUCACUGAGUAUCCUGAACAUUAUGGAAAUGAAUAUGUUACAUAUAAUGUUCAUGGUCUUGUACACAUAGCUAAUUUUGUUAAGAUUCAUGGUCCACUUGAUAAUUUUAGUGCAUUUAAAUUUGAAAAUUUUUUACAAAUUAUAAAAAAAACUGUUCACAGUUCUAAAUACCCUCUUCAAGACGUAUACAACCGAAUUCUCGAACAAAAUAUGUACUUAGAAAAUAAUAUUAAAUACCCUAUACUUAAAAAGGAAAUCGAUUUUAACUAUUCAACUCACCAAGAUAUAACCGCUACAUUAUAUGAACAAGUUUUACUAAAAAACUUCAAAGUUAGUUCUACUAAAGAACGUGAUAAAUAUUUUUUUUUAUUUAAUUGUUGUGCUAUUGUUUCUAUUGAUAAAAUAAUUAAAGACUCAUCUGGUCAUAUAAUGCUUGAGGCUACUAAAUAUGAAAAUUUAUCUCCUAUGUUUAAUAGCCCAAUCUCAUCACUUUUAAUUGGAAACUUUCUGGUAAAUACUGAAAUUAAAAUUCCAAAAUGUUUAGUUGAAUUAUCAAAUUUAAAAUAUAAGUGUUUGUUUUUCCAUACAUCAGAAAAUCAAGCUGUAGCUUUGAAUUUACUUCAUACAGAAUAA